CUAAUCUAUCUAUAUAAACCAGUUGAACACAAUGGAAGAGAAACCAACAUCUAAACAAUUAGCUUUUCUUUCAGUAUGAAUACUUUACUCUCUUUACUGCUGAUCUUAUUUCUCUUGUUUAUUAAUAGGCUGGAUGUUGAUGCUGGUGUUCUACAACAACAGCAGCAGCAGCAGCAGCAGCAGCAGCAGCAAGAUCAAGUAGUGGUUUGUAAAGAAGAUGAGAGAAAAGCUCUUAUUGAUUUCAAACAAGGGCUUCAUGAUCCUUAUGGACUACUCUCUUCUUGGACUGGCAAUAACUGCUGCACUAAUUGGAAGGGAGUGCAAUGCAGCAAUCAAUCAGGACAAGUUGUGCUGCUUAACCUCAACUACCAAAAGUUAGAAGGUGAGAUCAGGCCUUCAUUGCUUGAUUUGAGACACUUGAGAUACUUGGGCCUUAGUGGUAUUUACUUUAGAGGAGUUGGUAUCCCAGCUUUCAUUGGUUUGAUUCAGAGUCUUCAAUAUCUUGAUCUUUCAUAUGCUGGAUUCAGUGGAAUUGUUCCAUAUCAACUUGGGAAUCUCACUAACUUGGCCUACCUUGAUCUCUCUGGGAAUCAUUAUUUUUGGCAGAGGCUCCAUGUAGUUGAAAGUUAUUGGCUUUCAAAUCUAUCUUCUCUUCAAUACUUGAUUUUUGAUGACGUUGAUCUUUCUGAGGCACCAGAUAUGCUUCACUCAUUGAAUACACUUCAGAGGUUAUAUGAGUUACGACUGUUUUAUUGCAACCUUAACCUCCCACUUUCUCUUCCUCAAGUUAAUUUCACAUCACUCCAAAUCUUUGAUCUUUCAGGUAACAAUCUUAGUUCAACAGUUCCUCUGUGGUUGUUUGAAUUAAGUAACCUUCAGUAUCUGAAUUUGGGACUUAAUCAAUUUUCAAAUCUCAUUCCUCCUGUUAUUAGCAAUCUGACGAAUCUCAAGAUCCUUGAUCUCAGAUAUAAUUAUCAUGUUGGAGUUAGGCUGCCUAUAACAUUGGGGGAUCUUUGCAUGUUGCAAAAAUUGGGUCUUUCAGGAAAUAAAUUCAAUAUUGAAUUAAGUGAAUUUGGAGGAAUAUUUUCAAGAUGUAUUAAUAAGAGUUUGGAAACAUUAAGAUUGUCAGAUGCUGGGCUAGUUGGGCAUUUUCCUGGAUGGUUAGAAAAUCUCAUGUCCCUCAAGAUACUUGAAAUUUCACAAAACUCAUUAUAUGGCCCAAUUCCAGAGCUUCAACUACCAUCAUUGCAAGAGUUAUACCUUUCUUACAAUAAACUGAAUGAGACUUUGCCUGAAAAUCUUGGCCAAUUGUUUCCAAAGCUAGCUCUUCUAAGUCUUGCCAAUAAUAAAUUAGUGGGUGUUCUGACAGAGACUCAUUUUGCUAAUCUUGCAAAUAUAGAAUAUCUGGAAAUAUCUUCAAAUGAAUUCACACUCAAUAUCAGCUCAAAUUGGGUUCCUCCACCUAGAUUGGAAAAAAUUUACAUGGAUGGUUGUCAUUUGGGACCUGGUUUUCCUACUUGGGUUCAAAAGUUGGAGAACUUGUAUAUUAUUUCCAUGUCCAAUGUAGGAAUUUCAGAUGUCAUGCCAAAUUGGUUUUGGAAUUUCAGUUUGAAGCUUCAAGGUGUAGAUUUAUCACACAAUGACAUCAAAGGCAGGUUACCCCAUUCAUUGGAACAACUCAAUCUAGAUGUUGUUGAUCUAAGCAACAACCAUUUCGAGGGAUCAAUACCCCUUUUCCCACCAACAAUUCGACUGUUGAGCUUAAGCAAUAACUCAUUUUCAGGGAUGAUUCCUGAUUCUUGGAACCAUUCCAUACAAUCUUCACUUUUAGAAAUGGAUCUCUCUCACAACAAUUUAAGUGGUGAUUUUCCUGCUUCAAUAUGUGCAAACUCAUCAUUGGAGGUAUUACGUUUGAAUAAUAACAAUUUGUCAGGUGAGCUCCCUUUACAGUUGAAAAAUUGUCAAUCUUUGGGGAUACUUGAUCUUGGUUAUAAUAAGUUCAAUGGAAGCAUAUCUACCUCAAUUUUUGAUGGCUCGUUAUAUUUAAUAGCUCUCCGACUCCGAUACAAUUUAUUUAGUGGCAAAAUUCCUCCACAACUGGGUGGCUUCAAUUUUCUUCGAGUUAUAGACCUUGCACAUAACCAAUUUUCAGGAGAAAUUCCGGUAACUCUUAGUAAAUUGAAAGAUAUGAAGGGUUUUUCGAAUACUACAUACUUAACAAUUGACUAUGAUGAAUUUGAUGUGGAAAUGAAAGGAGGAGAACGCUCUUAUGGCGUUAUCGGAUAUGUUCUUCCCGUGGCUAUUGACUUUUCCAAUAAUGAUUUAUCGGGAGAAAUCCCUAAGGAGCUGAUGAGUUUAACAGGUUUGCAAAGCUUACAUUUAUCUAAUAAUCAUUUGACGGGAAAGAUCCCUGAAGGUAUCAGUGAGUUGCGCCGGUUGGAAUCUCUGGACUUAUCGAUGAAUAAUCUAUCAGGUGUGAUCCCAGAAAGUAUGACAUUGUUAACCUCACUGGACGAUUUGAACCUUUCCUUUAAUGAGUUAUCAGGAAAGAUUCCAUCAGGUGGGCAACUUCAAGCAUUCAGUGCCUCUGUUUAUAGCAAUAAUUAUAAUUUAUGUGGGCUCCCAUUAGAUGUCAAGUGCAAUGUGGACAAGCAAUCUCAAUCACCGAUAUUCCAAAAUGAUGAAGAUUUUUUUGAAGAUGAUGAAAGACGAUGGUUUUAUACCAGCAUGGGACUCGGAUUUGCUUUUGGGCUUUUGGCUUUCUGCGGUGCAUUGAUAAUAAAGAGGAGGUGGUGCUUCACAUAUUUUCAAUUGCUAGACAAUUUGUUCGAUUGGAUAUAUGUAACAAUGGUGGUCAACUUCAACAAGAUGAAAAAGCUUAUUUUUGGGGAAAAAUGAUCCUUUUUGUAAGCUAGAAGAAUUCUAAAAUUCUCUUUUAUGUACUAAACAAUAUAGUGAGCGUUUGUGUGCAUUAUAUUGUGCUAUGUUUGUAAUAAAAUUCUCCUGAUGUAAUGAUGUAAUAUGUAGUCUUUUUUUAUUAAAAUAAGAUAUAAGCAUGUUUGAUGUUUGAACCCU